GAAAUUUACAGUCAAGAUGGGCAAAAUAAAAACUAACAAAAACAAUAGCAGACACGAUCCAUUAGAGAAACAGUUAAAUGACGACGACGCCUAUAAUAAAUUUGGUAGAGUCACUCAGCCAAAAUCUAAGUCAAAUUCAGAUGAUAGAGAAGACGGAGAGGAGACAUCUAUCAUAGAUCCAAAAACUUCAUCUAAAAUCUUAUCGCUCGCAAAACAACAACAAGAAGAGCUCGAAAGAGAGCAAAUCCUCGAGGAUACACUGGGUGAUACCCUAAAUGACGAGGAGGAUGACGGUGCCUUCAAACUCAGACAAGAAGGCGAUGAUGGCAUCGAAGAAGACGAGGUUAUCGAGGAAGUAAAUGAGGAUGAAUUCCAACAAUUUGAUAUCGACCCAUCUGAUCAACAAGCUAUCGACACCUUUAUGCCUACAAAUACUACCAAUAGACGCACUCUUGCUGAUAUUAUCUUGGAGAAAAUAGAAGAGAGUGGACAGCCAAAGGAGAAACAGGAAAAGACUCCAGGACUCUCCGACAAAGUUGUAGAAGUCUACACCAAAGUUGGACAGCUGCUAUCACGUUAUAAAUCUGGUCCAUUACCAAAAGCCUUCAAGAUAAUACCGUCAUUGCCUAAUUGGAUUGCCGUUUUACAACUCACCGGUCCAGAAAGUUGGACUCCUCACGCAACGUACGCGGCUACUAGAUUAUUUGCUAGUAACCUUAAAGCUCACCAAACAAGAUUGUUCUAUCAGCAUGUUUUGUUAGACAGAUGUAGGGAUAACCUCAAUGAUCCAAACACUAAGAAGAUGGAUGUUCACUUAUACGAUGCCCUCAGGAAAUCUCUAUACAAGCCAGCAGCAUUCUUCAAAGGUAUCUUAUUCCCACUCUGCGAGACAGGAUGUACAUUGAAGGAGGCAGCUGUAUUUGCCAGUGUUUUAUCAAAAGUAUCCAUACCAGUACUACACUCUGCAGCUGCAUUGUUGCAUCUCGCCGAAAUGGAUUAUGCUGGACCAACGAGUUUGUUCAUCAGAGUUUUACUCGACAAGAAGUACGCAUUACCAUACAAAGUAUUAGAUGGUUUAGUUUAUCAUUUUAUGAGAUUCGCAAGAGAGCAGCGUAAAAUGCCAGUUUUAUGGCAUCAAAGUUUGCUAGUCUUUUGUCAGCGUUACUCAGCUGAUUUAACACCAGAACAAAAGGAUGCCCUACUUGAUGUUGUAAAAUCUAACGUCCAUCCACAAAUUUCACCAGAGAUAAGAAGAGAGAUACAAACUUCUACAGAGAGAGGCCCUGGAAUUAUCCAAGAUGAAGCAAUGGUAAUUUAAUUUAAUUAUUGUAUAGAUUUCCUAAUUUUAUGUAAUUU